AUGGAAGAACCAUUCCUGUAUGCAGUGAAAUUGAUACUGGGUGAAAGAUAUACGGAUAAUAUGGAUGUUAUCUACAAAACUGUGAUAAAGUUAGUACUACACGAAUUGGAGGAAGCUUGCAGAAGAGAAAGGAACAGGAUGAACGCAAAACAACAGCCUGCAUGA